AUAAUCAAUUGGGUAAGUAGUGGAAUGUGCGCAAUCGCUGGAACAACAAUGCUGGGUGCAGGACGAAUGGAAUGUGUUAAAUGGUCGAGGUAUAAAUAUUUUACGGCGGGUGAUGCUGACGCAUGGAAGUUCAAAACUAUCGGUCAGCGAGUGCUUGUUACAGUGACGCAUUAUUGA